AUGUCCUCAAUCUCCGCCUCUCAAAAGCCACGCAGGCCCUCUAUCACUGCUCUCUUUGCCAACUCGUUCUCGCUGGCCUCGUCGGCUUCGCCAUCAAACACCCCCGCGGCCUCGCCACCCUGUGACCCAAUUUACUCCGCUGUCCACCCCCUGAACCCCGCCUCUCCCCCGUCGCGCAAGAUGCAGCGCUCCUACUCGCAGUCUCACGCCCGCGCCGGCUCUUACAUGAAUAGCAGCCACGCCGCGCCUCCCACGCUCGGCCAGGGCGCAACCGUGGUCCGCACCCCCUCGGACGCGACCAUGUUCAUGGCUCAGCCUGGGGCGCAGGGCCCGUGGCCCACCCGCCAGAGCAGCCUCCGUACGCCGCCCCGCCGUCCCUCGGACGGUGGCCAGCUUCCUGAGGCCCUCGCACCACGGAUCAAUGGAGACCCCGCCCCCUUCCUCCCCCCCGUUCACGUCACGUCUCUGAGUAGCGACCUCCGGGAUACCUUUGCUACUGCAGAGCAGAACCAUAGCAAGGGCCGCCUGCCCAACCGCACGUUGACUCGUUCUCCAUCGGCGCCACACCAGUCGCGGGUUGCCGUGGACACGUCUGCUGGCUACACCCCUGGUCGCAGAGCCACCGGUCGGCCCUCGAACCACACGCUGCACGGGUCGACAUCGCUCUCCCGGAUUGCAGGUCGUGGUCCGAGCCCCAACCUCACCAUCACGCCCUCCUCGGCCACCCUCGAGCGCUCCAACUCGACCACUUCUACCACAGCCACGGUGCAGUGUGCUUCUCAGGCUCAAGCCGGUGCCUCUUCCGCGGAAACCCGUCGUGCUCCCACGCUCUGCCGGGAGCCGUCCUGCACCCGUCUCAACACAUCGACUCACAUCCACCCACGGCCUUCCAACGCCUCCGAGGACACGCUCACUACGCCCCGUGCGCGCACCACCACUCCUCCUUCCACCCCGCCCGUGACGCCGCCCUGCGAGUCGCCACCACCCGUCCUUGUUUCCCACUCGGUUCGCCAGGCCAGCGAAGCGGGCUCAGUUGUGCUGGUCACACUGCGCUUCGGCUUCAGCCUCGAUGCGGAGCCCAACACCCACGCGGUGACGGUUACUCUUGACACGCUGCGCCCAGCGGGCGGCCGCCUCGUCGAGUUCCUUGACAAGGUCCUCCAUCCUACCUCUACUCCUCCCCUGUCCGUUCCGCAGAGCGGGCGUGACAGUGGAAUUGAUGCGAGCAGGAUUGGGACCCCGCUCUCCAACGGGAGCUCGCACGAGCUGAGCCUCGAGAUGACGGACGGAAGCAGCGCCGAGGACAGUGACUUUGAGUUUGACAAUGCUCGUCUUCACCCGAAUCUCAUGGACGAAUAUGUCGUUGCUCAGACCCUCGCUGCUGCGCCCAAGACUCCGACCGACGCUCCCCCUCGCCCAGCGAGACGGCAGUACCCGCCCACGGCAUACCCGUUCCCGGUGCUCCCCCCGCUAGCCGACCUCCCCGCCGCGCUCGCGCAAGCCAAGGCGGCGGCCGAGGCCAAAGCGCAAGCCGCGGAGAAGCAGCGCGUGGGCCGCCGCCGCGCGUCCACGUGCCCCGGCACGACGCUGGGUGUCGUGCAAGAGAUCACGCUGCUGCUGCAGCGCGAGGCGGGCGCAUGGCACGCGAUUGCCAGCCGCCUGUGCUCGGGCUCGUGGCCGUGCCUCGACGGCCGCCGCCGCCGCGUCGAAGACGAGUGCAAGUGGGCGGGGAUGGACGGCCUCGUGGCCGAGCUCCGCGCGCCGAUCGGCGUGCUCCGCCCCGCGUCGUCAGGCCGCACCUACAUAUAG